AGGAGGCGGGAGCCGGGCCCAGGUGAGGGGCGCGCGUUGCCAUGGUGAUGGGCGGAGGGUGGCCCGCGGCCUAGCCCCGGCCUGGCCGCCCUCUCCUUUCUCCCCGUAGCCGAGCCGAGCCCAGCUGAGCCGAGCCCAGCCGCCGUACCGACGACGCCAUGGCCAGCUCCCCCGUGUCCCGCGUGGUCUAUAACGGCAAGCGGAGCGGCGGCCCGCGCUCCCCCGGCGCCGGCAGUGAGAUUUUCACGCCUGCCCACGAGGAGAACGUGCGCUUCAUCUAUGAGGCCUGGCAGUGUGUGGAGCGUGACCUGCGCAGCCAGAUGGGCUCUGAGCGCAGCCUGGUCGAGGAGUACGUGGAGAAGAUGCCGAACCCCAGCCUCAAAGCGUUUAAACCUGUCGAUCUGAGUGAUCUGAAGAGGAGGAAUACACAGGAUGCAAAGAAGUCCUAAGGCAGGUCCUCCCUGUGGAUUGGCUGGUCUCCUAAGGUCCUCAAGCAGAUUUAAUUUGAGAUUUUGUGUUGAUUUCUUCUUCUGGUCUGUACUCCCAAAAGCCCACAGGAGAGCCAGUCAGCUUUGGGGCUGGCUCUGAAGCUACCUGAAAUCAAAGAUGCUCAGAGGCUCACUGAGGAUUCCCAGAGCCUGUUGCAAAGGAUUCCAGCCCCCCACUCAUAGCUUUCUCUGGCCUCAAGCUGUCCUUCCCUACUUCAUGCUGGGCUCACAGAUCUCUGCUCUCCUUCCAUCUCUGCCCCUGGUGCGUUGGGUAUGUGGGCUCCCUGGGCUGUGGUGCAGGACGUUGUGGCUGUGUCAUUGAUAGAGGCAGUGGUAGUUCUCCGCUCCUUUCUGUGCACCAAGGAUCCACAGCUGCUGGGGCAGGCUGGGGAGAGAAGGGAGGAGAGUUGGUUCUGUCCUUGUGCUUUGGGACAGAUGGGCAGCCCCAGUUCAACACCCUUCAUGUAGCUGACUGCUGGGCAGGUCACACUGGCUAUACCUUGCUCCCUUGUGGGAGAGCUUAAUUUGUACCUGGGCUGCUAGCGCCUGGGACUCAUCAGUGCUGCCAGAGCUCGUGGGUCUGUAGCCGAGACAGGAUUUGUCUUGUGCUUUAGAUUGGACCAGAUCCCUGCGGUGCUGGAGAUGGAGCUGUUCCCCUCUCCCUGCAGAAGGAGAGAGAGGGGGUGUCAGCGCUGGCCUCAGCCCCAGGUGUCUGAGAGGUGGUCAGAGGGGGGCGCAGGGCCACAUUCAGCACCCCCUGCCCUGGCCUCAGUGCUCUGGCAGCUGCAUAGGAGGCAGCAGCACUGGGGGGCAGCUGGUGCUGACUGUGCGGAAAGAAGCUCCUUGGCAUCCUGGCCUGAGCAGCGCUGUGCUGUUCUAUACUAACACCAUUUUCCAGACGUGCACCCUUGGGAGAGAUCUGGCCUCCAUAGCUGGCAGAAAUGUCACUGUGUGGGGGCUGCUGUAAUCGGUGUAACUUGUGCUGUGGGGGAGGCUUUCUUGGGACCCUUGCUCCUGGCAAGGCUUGGGUGGUUUCUGCAUCAUCGCCUCUGAGCGAGGGAGGGCGACUGUGCCAUCCUCACCCUUCUGAGCAGAGCAGCCAUGCCGGCCACCUCUCUGUGCCCCAAGAAGACCAUGGGGAGUGGUGGGAGCAUCCCCCUGCCCACCUGUGCUCCGAGCUGGUGGGAAGGGGGCUGCCAGGGGCUCUGCCCAGUGCCAGUGGGCUUUGGGAGGGGGUGCAGGGGGAGUUGUGGCUGCCAUUACCUUUUCUUUGUUGAGUCGUUGAGCUAUACUGUUCUCUUUUCGUUUUGUUUUGUUUUUUUUUUUCUGUUGUCUGUCACUUGAGGAGUGUUGUAAAUAAAAGCUGGUGUCCUUUUG